CCGCACGGAGCACGCUCUUCCAGGAUGUCUGCAUCGGUUGCUAGGCAACACAAGUAGUGUGCAGGAAACAUUGGGUGUUCCUUAGCAAACGUACACAGACAUAAGAGGCUUCGCACGUUAAUGUUACCUUUGUAAAGUUUUUCGUUUGUGUUCAAGUCGAUCGACGUUGUUCCUGCAGGAAUAUUUCGAAAAUGCCAAGCACUUAUGAUGCUAUUAAAGCUCCUAUCCACGACCAAAUCACUGAACUCCAGAGGAAAAUUCAGCUGCUUGAGGGAGACAGAAGCGCAUAUUAUGAAAGUUCUCAGGCCUCCAUCAAAAAGAACAGGGAAACCGUUCUCCAGUUAAGGCAGGACAACAAAAGGCUUCACAAGACACUCAAAGAAGCCCUUGUAGGAGAUGAGCAAGUAAUAAAAGAGGCCUUCCAAAAUCGUGGACCGGAGAAAGCAGCGUUCCGGAAUAUGUCUGGAAAGGAUGCCCUCAAGGUUCUGGACCAGAAGGUGUGUGAUAAGAUGAAGAAGCUGAAUGCUCUCAAACACGCCACACAAACGCAGCGCAAGCGGCUGCAGGAUCUGCAGGAUCAGUACCAGACCUUGAAGCCAGAGAACAAACGCCCUCAGAGUGGACUGCACAAGAAGGAGGACGAGGAGAAGAAUGAAGGGGCUACCGUUGAGACACAUCCCCAAAAGAACUUGCGUGUGCUUGAGAACCGACUGGAGAAAGCUCAGCUGAAGUGUCAGGAGGCAGAGUAUAUCAUGCGGGGCUACCUGAAACUCAAAGCCCAUCUCCAGGAGGAGAGUCUGACAUUCCAGUCCCAGCUGGACGUUCUGGAGGCAGAGCUCAUGAGGACGAGGCAGGAGCUGCAGGAGCUGCAGGUCAUGAACAAUGACGCCAUCCUGUCCAAGGACACGGCUAAGGAGGAGCUGCAGAGCCAAGAGGAGCAGGUGUAUCGGGAGCGCAGGGAGAGGGAGCGCAUCCUGUCCUUCUACAAGAAGCAGGUGGAGGAGCGCCGGGCCCAGACUGACAGAGUGGAGAGGAGGGGCCAGAGGACAGCCAUGCACCCAGAUGAGCUCAGCAGCGAGGCCCAGCGGAGUACCACUGGUCUCGGGGAGGAGGAGCGAGGCAUCUCCACCUUCGAGGAGGCCUUCCGCCGCAUCAAAGACGCCACUGGGGUCACCGACACUCGGGAGGUGGUGGAGAGGUUCAUCUCCCAGGGAGACAAACAGAGGCACCUGGAGGAGCUGAAAGAGGAGAAUGAAAGGACUCUGCUCCAGCUGAAGGAGGACAGAGACCAACUCCAGAGCCACUUCCAGGACAUCAAGUACUCUGGAGAGGCCAAACUCUCCAGUGAGCAGCAGCUGCUGGAGGAGUGUCAGCGCCACCUAGAGACGGAGGAGCAGAGGCACGAAGCGGCCAAAGAACACCUGGAUUGGCUCAGCCGCUUCCUCGGCACAGUGAGCGCUGGUGUGGAGCACCUGGGCAACAAGCUGCAGCACAUCCAACUGGCGGAGGGGGAGAGGCCGCUGCUGGAUGCCAGCUCAGAGGAGUAUGUGCUGGAGCUGCUGGCCCAGGCAGAACAGAAGCUGCUGCUGCUACAGGAGGAGCUUCAGGGGAAAGACCUGGCAACCCUCACUAAAGAGAUGGAGGAGGAAGAUUUUUAUGGCAGCAUUGAGGGAAAGCUCCCCACCUACAACACCCGGAUCCUGCUGCCUGAAACCCAGAGACCGGACCCUUAUGAAGAGGAGGAGGACAGCGGGGAUGACGAGGGUGACAUCAUCACGCGCGCCAUCCUCAAGCGCCAAUCACAAAUCAUCGUUGACUCCAAGACCAAGAGGAAGCCACGGCCCAAGAAGAAGAAGGGCAAGCUCUGAUCCCAGGUCUUCACCGCCUGAUGGUUUGUAUGAUGGCUGGACCAAAGCACCAAGACUGAUCUGAUCUGAAGUCCCUCUCCUCCUGUACACAACCAGCUGUAGUAACUCUACUGAGUUUGAUACAGUGAAAUAUAAUAGUGGGGUCAUUUUGUUUCAUAGAACUAUGUAUACUAAGCCUAGGACUAGAGAUGUUAUAUUUGAACUGCAGUGUCUUGACACAUUCUCUUGCACCUCAAUCACAUGCACAUAUUGAUUGUAUCUCCACAAACCACUGUAUAUGCUUCCUCCUCAUGAUGAUCUGUACAUGACAAAGCUGAAUAAAUGACAGAAAAUGUAAACACCUGGAUGAGAGCAUUCUGUUCUGACUAGAGGAGUUCUGUGUAUGUUCACUGAGUCUAAACAUCACGGAUGUGGGAUGUGGGAUAGGGGCAGGAGACGACACCAACCAGGCCAUUCCAUGUAUUCAACUGGGCCAUCAUAAAAAUAAAAUAAAAACUGAAGUGGA